AGUGACCGGUGUUGUGCGAGGAAGGAGCACGGAAGUGGUUGUUUCGGUGGCUAUUCACAGCAGUAUGGGAGAAAUGAAAGCUGCUACAUGUUUAAGAAGUAGUUAGCUCGCCUGUGUGCUGUUUUAUAAAAAAUAAGCAAUUUUUCAUUCAUAUUUUUUUAACAUCGUCUGAAAUAAGACCUAGCAGACUGCCUCGUUAGCCUUAGCUUCAAUUGCAUCAGCAGCCAUGCCGUCUUAUUCUGAACUGAGAAAAACAAACCACUUCUACUACUUCAUCAAAUUCACCCUAAAUGUCUACUCUAUGCUCUUCUCGCUCAUGGGUCUUUGCGUGCUGUGUGUUGGACUCUAUGCUGAAGUGGAGAGACAGAAGAACCGCACCCUGGAGGGUCUUUUCCUUGCUCCUGCUGUGGUGCUAAUCCUGCUGGGCCUGGUGAUGUUCACUGUGUCGGUGGUGGGCAUGGUGGGAUCCCUCAGGGACAACAAGACUCUGCUGCACAUGUUCCUGUGCGUCCUCUGUGUGUUGCUGCUCCUGCAGGCCAUCGCACUCACAGCUGCUCUGAUCUUUGAAAAGAAGACCAUCGCCUUGUUCCAGAGCAGCAUACGAGAAGGAAUCAAACACUACUACGAUGACCUGGACUUCAAAAACAUUCUGGAUUAUGUCCAACAAAAGUUUUCCUGCUGUGGAGGAGAUGACUACAAAGACUGGGGAGUCAACCAGUACCAUUUCUGCAAUGGUACUGGUCCACUAGCCUGUGGGGUUCCUUACACAUGCUGUAUUCACAACGAGGUCGGAGAGGUCAUCAACACUCUGUGUGGUUACCAGACUCUAAUGAAAGAGCGUGAAGCUCUGCAGAACUUGAUCCAUGUGCGAGGCUGCAUCCAUGCAGUCAACCUGUGGAUGAGUGACAACAUUGGAAUCACCAUUGCUCUGUGCUGUGCCAUUGGGCUGCCACAGCUGCUGGGCAUCAUCUUAAGCUGCAUCUUCUGGAACCUGCUGGUGGACAUGAGCGAGUCGGCCGACAUGGUGGACUUCAAGCUGAAGAAGGCUGAGUUCAAAUACAGCGACCUGGAUCUGUCCGGUGCUGGCUGGUGCAUGUGUCUGCCCAGGGAUGAAGGCUACCUGCCCGUCCCCGACUCUGAGCCAACACUUGACCCCAUUGACAUCCACCUGCAGAAGCUGAAGAAGCAGCCUCCACGUACACACUCACAGCUCCGGGAGCUGCAGCAGUCCAGAUCGACCACAGGGCUAGACGAGGUGGACGUGGGGCGGAAACAGAAAAGGGAACACUAAGUGGGUUCUUUUUACCCUUUCUUGCCUUUGGGGUCUUACGGAGCCCCUAAAAGGACAUGGGGGGAAAAAACCUAAGCAUUUGAGCUUCCUGUGCCUAUACCCGUAGGCUCUUUCUUUCUUUCAUGACUUAUAAUCCAUUAGUUGUAUUAUAUAUUUCGUGAUAAGUUUCACAUUAUUUCAUAAUAAGUUUCACGUAAUUACGUAAUAACUUUCACAUUGCAGUGGUGAUAUCUGUAAAGUACACUGAUUGUUACAUAUGCUCAGACUGAGCAGUUAGAAUAGAGAACUGGACCCAAAAGAAAAAUCACUGAGAGCAACAGUUAAGUGCACAGCGAGAAAAUCCCGAGGCGCCAAAUCUUCACCCUCCGUGGCAACGUG